AAUCAAACGCGAACUUGGUCCUAAAAGAGCCAACCACUUCACACCUUUUUUGAAAGGAUAUUGUUUUGCUUCGACUUCUUCGCUCCACGACGCGAAAAAAAAACUCGCUCCGAACGCAUUUUCUGAAGCCGACACGAUGUCUUCGCCAAUGUCAACUUCCGGCCAGGAUGGCCAACAAUCGCACACCAAAAAGCCCGUCGAGUUUCAAUUCUGCGCCGAAUGCUCCAACAUGCUCUACCCCAAGGAAGACGAGGAGACGCGCACACUUCAGUUCACCUGCCGAACAUGCCACUACACAACCAACGCGAGCAACACUUGCGUGUUCCGCAACGAGCUCAACAGCUCCGCCAGCCUUCACGCCGGAAUCAUCGAGGGCAUGGGCAAGGACCCGACGCUCCCCCGCGCCAAGAAGACUUGCCAAUACUGUGGCUUUGACGAGAUGGUCUUUUUCCAAGCUCAGCAGCGAACUGCCGAGACCGGAAUGAAACAAAUUUAUGUUUGCGUCGAGUGCUCCAAGCCUCAGACGGACUGAGUUUUGUGGCUUUCUGCAACACGUAUACCUGUUGUGUGUACGGAGAAUGGGAGUUUUUUUUUGACAGGAGAAAGGCGUUUUGGGUGGGCUUGGUUUCCUGACCUAAAAAAGAACAAAGCAUGGCGUGGUUUCAUGACAGAUCUGCCUGGGUUUAUGGCGUUUUGGUUUCCUAUUCUGUCUGUUUAAUUUGGCGUAAUAAUGAGGCGGUGCUCUGUCUCUAGUUUCAUUCUACUCAAUACAACUUGUCAACCAAAA